AUGUCAACAGAAAUCAGUAGCGUAUUUUCAUUGGGUGAUUCUACAGACAAAAUAUCGACAACAUCAACAGUAAUCAGCACCACAUCUUCAUUUGGUGAUUUCACAAAUGAAAUAUCGACAACGCCAACAGCAAUCAGCAUCAUAACUUCAUUGCAUGAUUUCACAAAUGAAAUGUCGACAACGUCAACAGCAAUGAGCAUCGUAACUUCGUUGGAUGAUUUCACAAAUGAAAUAUCAACAACAUCAACAGCAAUCAGCACCGCAUCUUCAUUUGAUGGUUCUACAAAUAAGAUACCGACGAUGUCAACAGAAAGCAAUAGCGUAUUUUCAUUCGAUGAUUCUACAGACAAAAUAUCGACAAGAUCAACAGUAAUCAACACCACAUCUUCAUUUGGUGAUUUCACAAAUGAAAUAUCGACAACGCCAAUAGCAAUCAGCAUCAUAACUUCAUUGGAUGAUUUCACAAAUGAAAUGUCGACAAUGUCAACAGCAAUGAGCAUCAUAACUUCAUUGGAUGAUUUCAUAAAUGAAAUAUCCACAACGUCAACAGCAAUCAGCAUCGUAACUUCGUUGGAUGAUUUCACAAAUGAAAUAUCGACAACAUCAACAGCAAUCAAGACGGCAUCUUCGUUUGAUGGUUCUACAAGUUUAAAACCAUUGUCGUCAAAACCAAAUCUUAUUGGUUUAAUUGUUGGUAUUGUUAUGGCAGGAAUUAGUGUUCCAGUCCUUUUAGGUGUAACUGGUUAUUUAAUUGUACGAAGACACAAACAAAAAAGACGAGAUAAGGAGUUUCAAGGUGAUUUUGAUUUACCUAUUGAUCAAAAAUAUUUGAAAAAAAAUCAGCAUGAUAACGGUGCAAAAGUUUAUUCAUGUGAACUCUCUGAACAGAAUCCAUUACACUCAACUAUUUUUCAUUCAGUUAAAAAAUGGGUUGGUUCUCUGGAGAAUGGUUUCAAAAUAAAAAAGAUCGAAAUCAUACAAAAUCGUAAAAAAUUUAACCACUUUCGUGAACAAAUUGAAUUUGUUGAAAGGCAUAUGAAGGAACAAAUAUUUCAACCGAAUUGGGAUUGUGAAAAAGACAUGGCAGAACGAAAAAUAGUACUAAAACGAUUAGAGCGUUUAUAUAAACAGGUAGAUCAUAAUAGAAUAGCAAAUAUUGUACGAGUAUGGCAUGGUUGUGAUAAAAAGGUCCUGCCAAAGUUGUUGGCUGACGGUUUUGCAUCGUUAGAAGUACUUGAUGAUGGAUGGUUUGGUAAGGGUAUGUAUUUUUCAUCAAGUGCCCAGUAUGCAUCACGUUACUGUCAAGGAGAAAAUCCAUGUCUAUUAAUGUGUUAUGUAUUAGUUUUAAAUCCAUUUCCUGUAAUUUCUUGUGAUGCACGGCACGAUAAGAAACCAGAAGACUUCAGGUUCUAUGGACGUGGUAAUCAUAAUAAUUACCAAUGUCAUUAUAUUCCAGUUUCUCCUGUUACUGAUAAAGAAUUUACAACGGAUUAUCGUCCACCGAAGCGUAUAGAUGAUGCACGCUAUGAUGAAUUAGUUGUUUUUGAAAGUGCCAAUAUUUUACCACAAAUCGUCGUCCAUUUAGAGCGAACAUUGUCGCCAUCACGAGAAACAAAAAAUGAACUGAAGCCAACUGCAAUACCUAGAACGAAUACUCGAACAAUAAGGGAAACAAAAAAUUGGGAUCAAAAUCAUCGUGCAGCAAAUAGACGUCGGUAUGAGGGAGUGCUAAUUACUCAAAAGGAAUAA